AUGAAGAAUGCUGUAUGUUUCAGAAGUGCAAUUCCGGAGGACGUGGAUAGACGUGUUCGCUCACUUACUCGUAUUGUACUUCAGUUCUCUACUAAAUUCAUUUGCUGGCCUAAUGAAAGUAAUUUACCGACACUUUUGAGGGUUCAUGAAGCAGAUGCUACACUGUCGCCUUAUCAGACAAUCCUAUUAAAUGAUGAAACGCAUACCUAUGAUUCGGUAAUUCGAGCCCUGAAUCUUUCGGUUCACUGCACUGAUGUGCAAGCAAUGGUGCUUGCAACGUUGAUCGAUCGCGAGGGACGAGCUUCGGUGCGCAAUGGUACCUACGACUAUUGUGCACGGGCAAAAGAUGAAAUUCAGGUAAAAUUUUGCAAAUUCAAUAGGCUCAUACGCAGUAACAGCGCUGACAUUGUUUUUUUUUAGGG